GGAUUUCGCCGCUGGAUAUGCUUGCAGUGACUGCAGAGUUGGAAAUGGCAAAAACAGAAAUCAGUCGCUUGCAAGCAAAAGUGGAACAUUUAGAAACAGAGCUACAGAAAGAACAGAACCGAAAACUGUUUGGUAUUGAUGCUGUUGUUGAAUCUGAGAAGAACAGCAAAAAAAAUCUGUGUGUAUAUUAUACAGGACUUACAUUAGUCCGUUUCAUGUCACUAUUUACAUUUCUCUUGCCAAAGAGGGAGACUUUGACUUAUGAUGAAAACAGAAAUGACAUUAGAGAAAUGUCAGCAGAAAAUGGACUUUUCCUGACUAUGUGCAGACUGAGACAAAACUUUGGUCUGUUCGAUCUAGCAACACGGUUCGGCAUUUCACAACAGUCAGCUGAAUUAUUCACAGGAUCGAUAUCAGACAAGGCCAUUACAAAAGCAAGUGGUUUUUAUGAAACCAUACAACAACUGAAGGACGUUGGUUACAUUCAGAAUGGUGACGGUGUCAUGGCAGACAAAGGGUUUACAAUCAAGGAUGAGAUAAAUGCCCUUGGUCUGUCCUUAAACAUACCACCUUUUGCCUCAGCAGACAAACAGUUGUCUCAGGCAAAUCUUGCACUAACUGACAAAAUAGCAAGACACAGAGUGCAUGUUGAACGACUCAUUUCUCGCAUUAAAGAUUUCCAAAUUGUUGGUUGUACAAUUCCUGCUAUAUUGUUUCCUAAGUUAAACAGAAUAUGGGCUGUGUGUUGCUACUUGACACUUUUCCAGGGCUUUGUUUUGAAGAAA